CGGUGCACACACGUGCCGCAGAACCAUGUCCGUGCUCGGCCUGCACAGCGAGGAGCCGCGGACGUUUCACGGACGGUACCUGCGAUGGCUCCAUAUUUUGGACCCAACGACGUUACUGGCAUCCGACGAGGAAAUCAGGAAUGCCGAGGCUGUGAUGGCGAGCCUGGGGGAGACCGCCGAAGACCCCGCACAAAACUGGAAGGUUAAGGAAGCUCUGAAAACAUGCCUGGGAUCUUUGCACCCGGAUACCGGCUCCAUAAUCUCCACGAUGUUUAGGCCACCAGCAUUCAUGCCGUUUGCUACGCCUCUGGUAAUCGCCACUUUGCUUCCGCACAGAGGAGCCAAAUCUGCGUUUUUUUGGCAGAUUCUCUUCCAGUCUUAUAGCGCCGGCUUUAACCUUCAGAACCGGAACGAGACCUUUCAAAAGGAGAAGGUCCCCUCCUAUCACUCCCUGCUGCUGGCUGGGCUGGUGACGUACGCCGCCUGCGUUGGGGCCACGCCGCAGUAUAUUAUGAACCGGUACAAGCUGACGAGUCCCGCCAUCCGGAUGUUCUUCGGGAAGCUUCUGCCGCCUCCGCUGCUCGCCGCUCUGAGCGCCUUCAACGUCAUCGCGGUUCGGGUUCACGAGAUGGAGCACGGCAUCCACGUUGUGGACAAGACGGGGAAGGUGGUUGGCGUGUCCCAUCGGGCGGCAGAGAAGGCGGUGAAGGAGACGGCCGUGUCUCGGGCUGCCCUUGUGGGGGUCACAGCUGCUGUCCCCAUCGCCCUGGAGCCCCUGCUGCUGGGCUCUCGCCUCUUAUUGGGGAGCCGGCUGGUGCUGACCCCCGUUAAAUACGUGGCUUCGGCUCUGGUGUUUGGGGCUCUGAUCCCAGCCUCGUUCAGUCUGUUCCCGCAGAAAGGGACGAUCGCAAGAACAGACCUGGAAACCGAGCUUCGGGACUCCACGGCAGAAGCAGAACUUUAUUACCACCGAGGGCUGUAGCUUCUCCCCGGCCGGAGCAUCACGCGAGGUCAUGUGACCAUUCAGCCAAAUCGCAGAGCGGGAGAAGCCGCCACGACACCGAAUGCACUGAGAAGUUUCAUACGGAGCAGGGGCUUUCGCUAACCCCUUGAAGACUGCAUUGUGAGCCCAUACAUGUACAGGCUUUGUCGUGAAGGGGUUAAUAAAGUAUACUAGCCAAUGUGGUGUUGAGUGAC